GCAGCUGUGACCGCAUUCGAAGCUAGCUGUGGCAGCAGUUGCCGUAGCCAUCAGCCGACGCCGAAAACGUGGGAGGCCGGGCUCGACUCGACCGGGUAUAAACGAGGGGCCUGCCCUCGGGUCGACGCAGGAUUCCGCGAACUCACGGCGACCCCGUCCGCCUUGCCAUGAAGUUCCUCACCGCGCUGACCGGGCGCGGUUCGUUCUCGUCGCAGAGAGCCGGAAACUGCCCCAGCCCGCCUCUCCUCGGCGGGUACAUCGGCACUUCAAACUGCUAUCCGAGUUCGCCGAUCUCGAGCUGCGGCUCCGUGCCGGACUACGGCGUCUCCGCGGCGGAGAAGGACCAGAUCGUGUAUUACUUUAACUACUUGAGGGCAUGGGUUGCCUCCGGCAAGGAAACGCGGGGAAGUCCCGGACCUCAGCCGACAGCCUCCAACAUGCGACGCAUGGUGUGGGACGAGCGCCUGGCAGCGACGGCGCAGGGCUGGGCGAACAACUGCCAAUUCGGCCACGACCGAAACGAGUGUCGCAACUACGGCAGUACGUUUCCCUCUCGAAAGUGCCCCCGCUUCGCCUUCACCCCUCACCGAGACUUUUCCCUCGCCCUCCCUCCCAGCUUCCUUCAAAGCAGCGGGCCAGAACAUGGCCUGGAGUUGGGGGACCGGGGCCAAGGAUUGGUGGGCGACCAUCUUAAGCUGGUAUAA